AUGGAAAUUGCCAGUGAAUUUAAUUUGGAUAAAAAAGUAAUUGAAAAAAAGAUUCGAUCAUUCGUAGGUCCAUUUAACCGAGAAUGUAAAUCUAAAUCUGGUGCAGGAGCUGAUGAAUCAAGUAAAUGGUUUGCAUUUAAAAAACUCAUGUUCCUUAAGGGCAAAAAUAUCCCAAGUUCAGCUGUCGAUGGAGGGUUGCAGAGUAACGAAGAAAACGGGUUAACGAAAAACAGAAGUGAUUCAGAAAACACUCUCAGUUUAAUCGAAACUGAAAAUACUGUCACUGUAAACGAAACUACGGGCAUGCUUUUCGCCAGCCCAAAACCAUUUCGCAAAAGAAGACUACCAGUUGAAAAAGAUACAACACAACAAGAAGCUGUAAAGUUUUUUGUUAAUAUAUGUUUGUAA